AUGUUAGAUGAUGUUGUCAAAUUUGUUGGAGAAGAGAAUGUAGUUCAAGUGAUUACUGAUAAUGCUGCGAAUUUCAAAGCAGCAGGAGAAUUUUUUAUGCAUACUUGGCCGCAUAUGUAUUGGACUCCAUGUGCUACCUAUUGCAUUGAUCUGAUACUUGAGGACUUGGAGAAACAUUUGAAGGUUCAUGAAGUUACUAUAAAGAAGGGAAGAAAGAUAACAACUUAUAUAUAUGGUAGAACAAUGCUUAUUAGCAUGCUCAAGAAGUACACAAAUGGUAGGGACCUGGUUAGACCAGGUAUGACUAGAUUUGCAACUGCUUACUUGACUUUAGUUUGUCUCCAUGAAAUGAAAGCAUCUUUGAUGAGGUUGUUCAGUUCUGAGGAGUGGAAAAAAAGUAAGUUUGGAACUUCGCAGGAGGGGAGAAAAGUAGAAGAUUCGGUUUUGGAUAAUAGAUUUUGGAAGAAUGUAUCCAUAUGCCUCAAAGUUGCUGCCCCUCUUAUGGUAGUCCAUCGAUUAGUGGAUUCUGAUCAACAACCCGCCAUGGGUUUCAUAUAUGUUGAGAUGGAUCGUGCAAAUGAAAGGAUUAAAAGUAACUUCAAUAAUGUGAAGAAAAAUUAUGAACUUGUUUGGGAAAUUAUUGAUAAGAGGUGGGAGAACCAACUUUAUAGGCCUUUGCAUGCAGCUACAUAUUAUCUUAAUCCUCAAUUGCAUUUUGAAGAUGAUUUUAAAAAAGAUAAUGGAGAAGUGAAAGAAGGAUUGUUUAUUUGUAUGAUGAGAUUGGUAAAGGAUGUUGGGGUAAGGAACAAAAUUAAUGGACAGCUUCUUGAAUUUCAUUUUGCCAAAGGUCUUUUUUCUAUGGAGAAUGCAAUAAACUCUAGGAAGACUAUGCCACCUACAGAAUGGUGGGAAAUGUUUGGGGAUGAAUGUGCAGAAUUAAAGUGGUUUGCUAUUUGUGUUUUGAGCUUAACUUGCACUUCUUCUGGAUGUGAGCCUAAUUGGAGCUCAUUUGAAAUGGUAAUUGAACUUCAUGACUUUAUUUGUGUUUCUUAA